AGUUUUAAUUUUCCCACUUUAUUAUACGAGUACUACGACCACCUUUAGAGUAUAUAUAUAGUGCUCCGCAUCACCAACACAACGCAGCAAACCACAUUUAACACCCAUUACAAAAAUAAGCCCACUACCAACUUCAACUCCUUUACCACCAUUCCUUUAAUUUUUCCUCUCCCAUCCAAUUUCUAAAUCUUGUGCCUUCCACAAUAAUGGCACUAUCUUCAUCACUACUACCCCCACUUAGUAACAACAACGCUACCUCUCCUGCUAACCGCAAAUUAUUCUGUGGUGGUGAUCGAGGCCGGAUCUAUGCUACUCUUACCGUGCAACCGCCCACGGAACCCUCAAAGGCGAGUAGCCUACCGAUCAAGAAGAUCCCCGGCGAUUAUGGUCUUCCAAUUGUCGGUCCAAUCAACGAUCGCCACGAUUACUUUUACAAUCAAGGGAGGGAGGAGUUUUUCAAAUCUAGAGUCCAAAAGUACAAGUCAACUGUUUUUAGAGUCAACAUGCCACCUGGCCCUUUGAUCUCCUCUGACCCAAACGUCGUCGUUUUGCUCGAUGGUAAGAGUUUUCCGACACUCUUCGACACUUCCAAAGUCGAAAAGAAGGACGUCUUCACCGGAACUUACACUCCCUCCCUCGAACUCACCGGAGGAUACCGUGUCCUCUCGUACCUCGACCCAUCCGAGCCGAGUCACGAGAAAUUGAAACAACUAAUGUUCAAGCUAGUCAGCACCACCCGCCACCGAGUUCUUCCCGAGUUCGAAACAUCUUACUCCAACUUAUUCGAUGAGCUAGAGAACGAGCUAGCCACACAUGGGAAGGCCAAGUUCAACGAGGCCAACGAUCAAGCCGCUUUCGACUUUUUGGCCCGGGCGUGGUACGGGGUUAAUCCAGAAGAUUCAGAACUUGGAAGAACAGCACCAUCAAUAAUAUCAAAAUGGGUAUUAUUCCAACUUGGCCCAAUUCUCACACUUGGACUACCAAAACCAAUCGAAGAACUAACACUUCAUAGCUUUCGCCUUCCAUUUUCACUAAUCAAAAAAGAUUACAAAAAACUAUACAACUUUUUCUACCAAAACUCAACCGAUCUUCUCGAAGAAGCCUCCAAACUCGGGAUCUCACGUGACGAGGCAUGUCACAACCUUAUAUUCACCACGUGCUUUAAUUCAUUUGGUGGGAUGAAGAUUUUUUUUCCUAACAUGAUCAAACAAAUCGGACGAGCCGGGGUGAAUCUCCACCGUCGACUCGCGGAGGAGAUUCGAUCCGCAGUCCGAUCCAACGGAGGAAAACUCACCAUGUCAGCCAUGGAACAAAUGCCCUUGAUGAAAUCAGUAGUGUACGAGUCCCUCCGAAUCGAACCGCCCGUCCCGCUACAGUUUGGGCGGGCUAAAAAGGAUCUCCUUAUCGAAUCCCACGACGCUGCGUAUGAAGUUAAGGAAGGUGAGAUGCUGUUCGGGUUUCAGCCGUUCGCAACGAAGGAUCCGAGGAUAUUUGAUCGGGCUGAAGAGUUUGUAGCUGAUCGGUUUGUUGGAGAAGAAGGUGAAGAAAAGUUGAAGCAUGUUUUGUGGUCAAACGGGCCGGAAACCCAAAGCCCGACUGUUCAUAAUAAGCAAUGUGCUGGGAAAGAUUUUGUUGUGCUGAUUUCGAGGUUGUUGGUCGUACAGUUGUUCUUGAGGUACGACUCGUUUGGUAUUGAUGUUGGUGUCUCUCCUUUAGGUGCUAAAAUUACUUUUACUUCCCUCAAGAGAGCAACCUUUUGAUGAUCAAUUUUAGCUUGCUUUAGUUGAUAAAGUAGGGGGCAUGUAGUAUGUACUAAUCUUUUUAUCCUUCAAGUUUGGUUAUCACAUUAGAAAAAAAUAAAUAAAAUUUGGUAAUGUGAUAAGUAGGUGUUGAUGUACGGGGUAGUAUGGAGUAAUGUUUAGUUUUAACGUGAUUUUUUGAAUCUGCUAAUGUCAAAAUUAAGAAGUUAGUUUGGAGGUCUGGAUUAGGAAAUUAGGAAUGGAUAGGGGGGUUUUUCUCAUGUGUUUUGUUGUUGUUUUUAUUUUUUUUAUUAUUUUUUUUAUUUUUUAAUAACCUAUUUGGAUCUAUGUUGAUUGUGAUUUUUGUAUUUUAUUAAGUAGUGAGCAAUAGCUCAUUAUAUCAGUAUAUAUGAAUGUCUUCUUUAUUUUAUGCAUUUUAAUUAUUUC